AUGAACAUAAUUUGUGAUGAACCCUAUUUUAUUGAUAAUCACAAUGAGUUAUUUUGCCCAUUGAAUUGUCCUUUUAUAAGUUCUAAUGAUGUAUGGAAAUGUAUUGGUAUAUGUACAAGUAAGGAAAAGUGUUCUCUUUAUAAUUCCUCUUUAACAUUUGCAGAUGAAGAAACAAAUAAAUGCCUUCCGUGUUUAGUAUCUGGUUGUAUUCGUUGUAUUAAGAGUACCCUGAAGAAGGGUUCAAAAUCUUUUUUGAGUAUUUCAGAUAAUUUACCUAAUAUAUGUUUAGAGUGUAUAAAAGGUUAUAGAUUAUCAAGAGAUCGUACUAAAUGUAGUUUGAUUUAUGAAGAAUUUAUUACAAGAAGUUGUGGUUUUUUGGUUCUUAUUUUUUUCUUAUCAUUUAUAUUUUUCUUUAUAUAUUUUUAUAAGAAUAGAGAUAAAAUAAAUAUUUUAUUGUUUAAAUUGGCUUAUCAAUAUAGAACCUUAUCAAAAUUUAGAAAUAAUUUAAUUUAUGGACGUCCAUUAUAUCCAUUAAAUAUGAAAUUAUCGAAAAAUGAUAUAGGAGGUAUUGGUUUAAUGCUAUAUUUUCGUUAUUUAACUUUCUUAAAUUUUUUAUCUAUUCUUUUUAUUGUAGUUAGUUUAUUUGAUGUAUAUUUACCCUUUGAUGAAUUAAUACAAACUUAUAGAAAUGUGGAAUCUACAACAUCUUUAGAAAAAUGUAAAAAUUUAAAGAAUUAUAUAUCUCAUAAUAUAUCUCCAUUAAUUCAUAUGAAAAAUUUAGAUUGGAUGUCUCUAGACAUGUUUAAUAUGACUAUUCGUUUUAAACAUCAUAUGAUUUUUUCCUCAUUUGUUAGAUAUAUUUUAUGUAUGAUUAUUACCUUUAUAUUUAUAUAUAAUCAAAGAAAAUUUUAUAAUAUAAAAAAAAACACGUCUUACUGUAUGAUGGAUUAUGCUCUUUCGAUUGCUAAUUUUUCAAGUUCACUUUCCAGUCAUGAUAUACAGAAUUUUUUUGAAAAUUUAAUAAAGAAAAAAAUUAUAGGUAUAUCAUCAUGUUAUGAUUUUUAUAGACAGAAAGAUUUAGUAUUUAAUUUGAUAGAAGAACAAAUUGAAUGGGCUGAUUUUAAAAUGAAAUUAUAUCGAAAUUAUGAAGAAUGGAAAAAGGAAAAUAAAAAGAAAAUAUUGUCCAUAUAUGCAAAAACAAAUAAAAAUAUAAAUGUUAUAAACCAAAAGGAAAUAUUAAAUGACAAUAUAAUUUCUACAAAUCUAAUUAAUGGGAAUGAUAUUAAUUUAUAUGAAGGAAAUGAUAAUUAUCUUAUAGAAAAAUUACAACAUUUAAAAAGAUAUGAACUUUUCCCAUUUUAUGAAGUUGAUAUUCAUACUGAUGAUAUAAAUUUUGUGAAUACUAAUCACUCUAAUGAUUCUAAAAUGUUCAUACAAAAAUCUACAUUUAAUAGCAUCCAAACUAUUCAUAUGGAUAGUAAGAAUCCAUGGAAUAUAUACAACAACAAUAAAAGGAAUAAUAUGAAUGAGAGUAUUUCUUUCUCUGAAAAGCUUUUAUAUGAUCAUCCAUUAAUAUUAAAUAAAGAAUGGAAUGAAGAAAUGAAUAAAUUCAAAUAUUCUUCAUAUGGGAAGAAUGAUGAUACGAAUUAUAAUGGUAAGAAUUAUGAUCAUAAGUAUUAUAAUGAUGAUAUUUAUAAUGAUAUGUAUUAUAAUGAUAUGUAUUAUAAUGAUAUGUAUUAUAAUGAUAUGCAUUAUAAUGAUAUAUAUUAUAAUGAUAUGUAUUAUAAUGAUAUGUUUUAUAAUGAUAAUAUUUACAACAAAAGCGGAAUAAAUUCUACAUGUGAUAAAAAUAUCAUAUUAAAUGAAAAAAUAAACAAUUUUCAUAUGGAAGAUUAUUUUUUUAAAGAUAUAUCCAACAAAUUAUUUGAUUUAUGCUCUAAAGAAUAUAAGAACAUAUCAAAAAAAAAAAAAAAUAUAUUAAAUGAUUAUAUAAGAAAAUCGAUAUUUUCUUACUUUCAAACAAAAAUAGAUCAAGAUAAUCGUGUAAGAAAUGGAUAUAUCCCAUUUUGUAUGUGUAAUAAUACAGAAGGACUUUUUUUGAAAAGAGAUUUGUCUAAAGAUAUGAAAGUUGUGAGAAAUAUUAAAUGCUGUAACAAAGCUUAUGUCAUAUUUAAGACUACCAAAGAUUUAAAUUUGGCUUAUUCACUAAUAAAUAAAUAUAUACAAAAAAUCGAAAAGAAAAAAAUUAAGAAAAAAAACAAGACAAAAAAAGAGAAAAUGACAAAAGAGAAAAUGACAAAAGAGAAAAUGACAAAAGAGAAAAUGACAAAAGAGAAAAUGAUAAACGAAUUAAAUAAAGGAAAAUAUAAAUUUUAUUCCUUCUUAUUUUCUCCCAUUUUGUUUUUAAAAAACCUAUUUAAUGAUCAAAAAAUACACAAUAAUAUUACCUAUAAAUUAUUAUCAAAUAAUAAUAGUAAUAAUAACAAUAUUUUAUGGAAUAAUAAAAUAAAUGAUAAUAAAAUCUAUAACGAAAUAAAUAUAAAAUGGGAAAAUAAAAAACCUAAGGGAAGAAUACAAAAUAAUUUAUUUCUUUUUUUUCAAAAUAAUCCAUUUCAAGUCAAUAAGUGUGAUGUGGAACCUAUUGAUAUCACAUGGCAAAAUAUUUCCAAUAAUACAUUUAUAAUACCUAUAAUGAUAAUAAAAAUAACAAUUUCGAUACUUAUACUUUUUUUUCUAAUUUUAUUAUGGAGUAUUAUAUUCUAUGGUCCUUAUGCAAUAUAUGCUUUACAUCAUGCAAGUAUUAUUGAGAAACAGAAAAAACAAGAAAUUUUAUUUAAUGUACUAAUAUCUCUAAUAUUAGGUAUAUUUAUAGGUUUUGGGAAUUUUUUAUUAACGUUUUUAACAACAUUAAUUGGUAAUUUUAUGAAAUUUGACAAGAAGCAAUCUACUGAUUCUUUUGUAUUUUGUGUUAAUAGUAUAUUCCAACUAUUAAACUUUUUAUUAAAUGUUCUAAUUACUCAUUUAACGAAUGCAGGUGGAGAUAAUAAAAUUAGAUCUUUUUUUCUUUUCUUUCCUAAUCAUUUAUUUGUUCAUCUUAAAUCUAAAGAUAUUAUAUUAGGAGAAGAAUAUUCAUUUGGACGAUCUCUAAAUUAUAAUAUUAUUCCUUUUAUCACUUUGUUUCCUACUCUUUUUUCUUUUUUUGGAAUUUAUAUUCUACCAUUUCUAUAUAAAUCUAUGCUAAUAUUGUUUUGUUCAAAUACAACCAUAAAAAAAGCUGAAAAAUUAAUUCAGUGCCCUGAAUGUAAUUUGCAUUAUAGAUAUAGUGAAGCAGUUAUUAGCUUUACGGUAACUCUCUUGUUAUUCUUUUUCACACAUGACAAAUACAAUACAUCAUUUACAUAUGUACUCCUAUUUUUAUCCUAUUUAUUCAUAAAAUAUAGAGACACAUAUUUGUUUCUUCGAGAAACCAAAAUUACAUAUUAUUAUAACACUUUUUUAUUUGAUACGGUAAUAGCUUUUUGGUCCCUCCCCACAGGCAUUUUAGCCAUAUUACCCUUCUAUUGGAUGUGGAGAUCACACAAAACGUCCAUAUUAACAGUUGUUUUAGUUUUUUUUGCUCAUAUAUUUAUUUAUUUUAUAAUUUGUAAUGCUAUAAGAAAAAACCUAAAUGAAAGUAUAAGCAUGAAUGAUGUGUCAUAUCAUGAAGUAGCCCAGAUGAAAGCAUAUAAUUGGUUUAAUACAAAUCCCGUGUAUGUAUUAAAACAAUACUCAAAAAAGAGAGGAGUGCAAUAUCCUACGAAUUCUUAUGAUAAGAAUGAAAAAGAUAUAUUGGAAUUCAAAAUGAAAAAAGUGUCAACUACAAAAAAUGAUAAAUCGAAAAAAUAUAAUUUCCUCGAUUCUUAUAGAAGUAUUUUUUUUAAUCAAGAAAUCAAACCAAAAGAACGAGAAACACAUGAUACGAUAAUCAAAAUGGAUGAUCUUCAAAAUUCGGGAGAUAUUCAAAACAUGUCUUAUAAUAUAUUAGAUACUUUCAACAGUAAGAACAAUUAUGAUAAAAACAAAGAUCAUUUUAAUCAAAGAGAACUAAAAAAAAAACAAGGAAGUAAUAAAAAAAUCUCUAGGAAUAUUAAAUCAUCUGAUGAUUAUAAUAUAUACAUGCAAAAUAACAACAAUGAAAAUUAUUCCGACCAUAAUACAACAAAUAUUCUAUAUACAUAUAAAACAAAAAAUAAAAAUUCAAUAGAAUAUAAAAUAAAAAAUGAAUACUUAUCUGAUGAUUCUAUUAUCAGAAAUAGAAAAGGUAAUAAAAAUAUAUUUAACAAUAUAAAAAGUGAUUAUGGAAAUAAAUUUGUGACAAUAAAAAGAAAAAAUAUAAAACAAAGUAAAAAAAAAAAGUUAAGAAAUAAAAAAUCAAAAAUCACUAGGCCCAGACAAAAAGAUUUAAUAUAUUACGUUAUAGGAAAAGAAUAUCUUCAAGGUGACAGAUUCGCAAAUUAUACAAGAGAUUAUAAUGAAUUGUAUGAUUUUAUUUAUAGAAUUUAUCUAUCUUUAUCAUCAACAGCAUAUAAAAUUAAAAUGUUUCCACUACUAGCUAAAAGGAAAUAG